CUAUGACUGAUACCCAAUCCCCGUUUUCAUUUGCCGCCGCACUAUUGCAAUGCGGUUCGCCCGGUCAAACAUUUUCAAUGGAAUCCCUGUUAAAACCGGAAUUAGGAGAGUAUUCUCCUUCCGGAGAGAAUGGAAUUGAUGGCGAAGAAUCAACGAUCUGUUCUGUAUGUUGUGAUGAGGCAUCCGGAAGACAUUACGGUGUUGUCGCCUGCUUCGGAUGCAAAGGAUUUUUCAGACGUACUGUACGAGCUGGAAAAAACUAUGUGUGUCGUUACAGUAAAAAGUGCCGAAUUGAUAAAGCUGGACGAAAUGUGUGUAGAUCGUGCAGAUUCCAAAAAUGCUUAGAAGUCGGUAUGGAGCCUGAUGCAAUCCGUCCUGAUCGCGAUAAGACAGGACGCCAAAAGAACCCAAGAAGAAACACCGAAGGCUCGAUCAAAAAAGUCUCUGUUGGAUCUAUUCUAGGCGACCUUCCAUGUCUGAAUAAAUUCAAGGACGACAGCGACGACGCCGCCACUUCACCAUCAUCAAGAGCUGAUUCCGCUCCAAUGGACCUCCGACCGAGCUUUAUUGAUGAAUCUGUAUUAACAACAUUGACAGAAAUUGAGAAUAUUGUGAUACAACUGCAAGACAAUUUCGAAACAAAUCAACAAAGCCUUCCACCAAUGGGAGAAGCGAUUACGAAACCAUCCCUUAUUGCUGCUAGGACACUGUUAAACUUCAACGGCGCAAAAGGAGUUGCCGAUGCAAAUUGUGUGUCAUCAAAUCUUCGGCGAAUGAUCGUUUUCACUUUUGACUACAUCAAUACGUUACGUCCAAUUGCUGAUUUGCAUCCAUCGGAAAAGCUGGUCAUUGCCAGAAGCAUCAUUUCCCCGUUCUGUAUCUUGUUCUGUGGUUACCAGUCGGUAGCGAUCGAGGCACCAGAACACGACAGUAUUUAUCUCCCAUCAGGACACAAGCUACCCGCCAGCCAGCUGCUAUUUACAAAAGACUCGGACCAAAAGAAGUACAUACUGUUGGAAAACAAAGCCGACAAUGUCCGACGAAACAUGACUGAAAUGAUUAUCCAACAGCUCCGUCGCCUCAAUGUAACAAAGACUGAAAUGGUUGCACUGAAAGCGAUUAUGGCAUUGGAUCACAACGUGAAAGGAUUAUCCGCCGAAUCUUGCGAGCUUCUCGUAGUUGCAAGAGAAUCGGUGCAAAAUGCUCUGUUCUCCCAUUUAAUUGCAACAUUUGGAACUGCGGAGGCAACAUCGCGAUUUGCACACCUCCUUCUUUUAAUUGCUUCUGCAACGAGGGUCGCCUACUCGCUCUCCUCGUUCUUCCAGCUCAGCAGAGACGUCAACUAUGAAAUCGAUUAUGUGCUUGAAGAGCUUUUAUUUUUAGACCGCAUUUGAAUUGUUUCGGAAGUUAAAUGUACUUCACCUUUUUUGUAUACACCAGCCUACCUACAGUAAUUCUUAUUACUCGAAUAGCUUGAUUAUGUUGUCAUACUUCAUUUCAAUACUGUCAGUGUUUCAUUGUGACGGGUACACACACUUUCUACACAUUGAUUAAUUAUAUUAAUUAAUUGAUCUGAGCUUCUCCUUAUCUCUCAUUUUUUUCUCCAAUAAUUUCAAUUUCUUCUGUCUUCCCACUCGGUCUCGUGUUUGUCCAGAGUUGCCAAACUAUUGUUACCUCAAUGACAUUAUUAUGUAUAGUUUACCUAUUAAAUAUAUGUAAUAAUAAAUAUAAAUUAUAUUAUCAA